CCCAAGCCACUCUCAGACCGGGCACCAUCCUCCUGGACCUAUGGGCAGUGUUUUCCUGAAGGAGGCUCAUGGCUACAGGGGCCGGGGACGAGACCCAUGGAGGAGAGCCCUGCCAUGGUUAAAGUGGACCGCGGUGAGAACCAGAUUUCCCCACGUCGAGGGAGAAGGUGCUUUCCCAAGGCACUUGGCUAUGUCACCGGUGACAUGAAAGAAUUUGCCAACUGGCUUAAAGACAAACCCCUGGUGCUCCAGGUCUUCGACUGGGUUCUUCGGGGCCUGUCCCAAGUGGUGCUCAUCAGCAACCCCAUCAGUGGAAUCCUGAUUCUGGUCGGACUCCUGGUACAGAACCCCUGGUGGGCUCUCACUGGCUUUGUGGGAACAGUGGUCUCCACCCUGACAGCACUGGGCCUCAGUCAGGACAGGUCAGCCAUCGCGGCAGGACUGCACGGCUAUAACGCCACCCUCGUGGGAAUAGUCAUGGCUAUCUUUUCAGACAAGGGAGACUAUUUCUGGUGGCUGUUAUUCCCUGUAUGUGCUUUGUCCAUGACUUGUCCACUUUUCUCAAGUGGGUUGAACUCCGUGUUCACCAAAUGGGAACUGCCUGUCCUCACCCUGCCCUUCAACAUGGCGAUAACCCUGUACCUUUCAGCCACGGGACAUUACAAUCCGUUCUUCCCAACCACCUUGAUCACACCUGAAAACUCAGUUCCCAAUGUCACCUGGUCUGAACUCAGUGCCCUGCAGCUAUUGAAAUCCCUGCCUGUGAGUAUUGGCCAGAUAUAUGGUUGUGACAAUCUGUGGACAGGGCUCAUUUUCCUAGGCGCCAUCCUGCUUUCCUCCCCGCUCAUGUGCCUGCACGCUGCAGUGGGAUCGCUGGUGGGGACAGCAGCAGCACUCAGUCUUUCGGCUCCAUUUAAGGACAUCUACUUUGGACUCUGGGGUUACAACAGCUCUCUGGCCUGCAUUGCAAUUGGAGGAAUGUUCAUGGCACUCACCUGGCAAACCCACCUCCUGGCUCUUGCCUGUGCCCUGUUCACUGCCUACCUCAAAAGCAGCAUGUCAAACCUGAUGAGCGUGAUCGGAGUGCCCUGUUGUACCUGGCCCUUCUGCUUGGCCACGCUGCUGUUCCUCUUGCUGAACACAAAAACCCCCAACAUGUACAAGAUUCCCCUCAGUGAAGUCACUUAUCCUGAAGAAAACCGCAUCUUCUACCUACAAGCCAAGAAAAGGAUGGUCGAAAGCCCUCUGUGAGCGCAACCUGCCCCCCAGCCAUGGUCACGCGUCAUUUCUGACUAACGGCCCAGGUGACCUCCAGGGCCCCAGCAAACCAUUGUUUUCCACUAGUAACCGCUUUCCCACUAGCCCACCGGUGAUCUGUUCGUCCGCUCAUUUCGUAGUUUUUUUUAGAUUUCAGGAACAUCCAGAAACAUGUGAGAGACACAUCCAUGUGCUCUUUCUAUGGAAUUUGAAACCCUUAUGGGGUGUAGGCACAAAGACCAGAAUGUAUUUAUAAAGCUAAAAUGCUCCAGCAGAAAGAGGAAGUGAGAUGGGAGCUAAUUAUUGAUACUUAUUGAUAUGUGUGAUGUUCAGUUGGCUAGAUGAUGUUAACAGUAUUAAAAUUUAAGCUCUGUAAGCCAACUAAAGCCUUAAGUGAAUGGAAUUCAUGGUCACAAAAUCGAAGUCAACCCAGAAUUCUCAGAUAAGCAGCCUGGCUUGUGAAAAUCAACACGAGCUCCACGUUCUGGCUGCGGGCACCGUGGCAGAGGUGUGGCUGAUGGCUGAGCCCGCCCCCAGGCCCCACAGGACCAUGGCCUUGGCCUUGCAGCUGUGCUGUGUGGCACUUACAGAAGAUAAGCUUGGGUGAUUUCAAGCUGACAGCAGCAGUAGGGAGAAAGGGCUUUUGUCAGUCAAAAUUAUUCUGUAUUAUUACUUUUCUUGGAGAUUGCAAGGGUUUUUUAGGUAGAGUUAAUUUAUUUAUUAUCUUUUUCUUGUGAGAAUGUCCCCUGCAGUAUGUAUCAGUCCAGGAUUUCAGAGCAUGCAAGAAGUGAAACUGUGAAAUCUUAAAGGUUUGUUCCUCCUUGGUUUGCAAUGCUCAGUGCAAAAAUAUGCAGUUUGCUGGAUCGAUAAACAUGAAAAGGGAAGUAAACUUACAAAUAGUUUAGGGAGAAGGUCACUUCUUCCUUCUCUCAGGAAAACAAACACACUUGGUUCCCAUUUAAAAACCCUGUGACCAGAGCCUUUUGAAACCACGACCUGGCAGCAGUCACAUAUAUUCCUGUGGAAAAAUUAAAAUUUCAGUGUUUCAACUGAAAUCCCUCUGGUUAGGGAAUUUGUGAAGUAAGAUUUGGGGGAGGGAGCGAGAAACACAAGCACGACCAAGGAUGACCAGGAAUAAAGGGCCCAGAGAAGGGCCCUUCUCUGUCUCCAAGUCCAUCUUCAGAACAGAGCCCCACCCAGGGUGCUAAUUACACACCUUCGCCCUGUGUGCUCACACAGACUUGUAAAUAAGAACAGUUUAAAGCCUUGCACAUUGUCUAAUUUAAAUGGUAUUGGUUUUCCCAAGCUAUUUUUUUCACUAAGCAUUAGCCUAAAAUUAAGUAUUUUAUGAGCUUUCUUAAAGAGCCCUUGUAGU